AUGCCUUCAGCAAAGCGAGCAAUCCGCAUCGCCGGUUCCUCGGGCGGCUUCUCGGAUCGGCAACGAGCCAUCGGAGACCUGGCCAAGAACUGCGACAUCGACUGCAUCAUUGGCGACUGGCUGUCGGAAUGCACCAUGACGCUGCACGGCGCCCAGAAGGAGGAAAACGCCCGCAUGCGCAAGGCCGGCGAGCUCAAGGACGAGCCCAUGGGUCUCUUUGACCCGACCUUCAUGGACAACCUGUCGCCCGCGCUGCCGUAUCUCAAGUCCAAGAACAUCAAGGUCGCUGUGAAUGCCGGCGCCAGCGAUACUGAGCUCCUCGCCAAGCAGGUUGAGGAGGAGAUCAAGCGGCAAGGGCUUGACUUGAAGGUGGGAUGGAUCAACGGAGAUGAAGUUACAGACACUGUCAAGCGGUUGCAGGAGGGUGGUGAAGAGUUUGUCAGUUUGAUGACCGGCAAGACACUGAAGGAAUGGGGCCAUGACAUUAUUUGCGCUCAGUGCUAUCUCGGCGGUGCUGGUAUCGCAGAGGCUCUUCGACAAGGCUGCGAUAUCGUCAUCGCCGGCCGUGUCGCCGACGCCGCCCCUACUAUCGGCGCGUCCAUGUGGUGGCACGGCUGGGACCGCGAGACGGAUCUCGACCAGAUCGCCGGUUCGCUCGUGGCUGGCCACUUGAUUGAGUGCUCCGCUUAUGUCUGCGGUGGCUACUACUCCGGCUUCAAGCGCCUCAUGGACAAGUGCGAGAACCUCGGCUUCCCCAUCGCCGAGGUUGAGUUUGACGGUUCCUGCAUCAUUAGCAAGGAGCCUGGCACUGGAGGCGAGGUAUCAGUUGGCACCGUCUCCUCACAGUUGCUGUACGAGAUCCAGGGCCCCCUGUACUACGGCUCUGAUGUCACUGCCAAUCUUGAGGGCAUCGUCAUGAAGGACAUCUCCAAGGACCGCGUCCUGGUCACUGGCGUGCGCGGCCUUCCUGCGCCCUCUACUACCAAGGUUGGCCUGACUGCGUUUGGAGGGUACCAGGCUGAGUUCCAUUACUACCUCGUGGGUCUCGAUCUCGAGGAAAAGGCCGAGUGGACAGAGCGACAGAUCCGCCACUCGAUCGGCGACGCGAUCAAGGACUUGACAUGCCUCAAGUUCACACUUAACGGAUAUUCUCCUGAGAACCCGCGGAACCAAGAGGUUUCUACGGUAGACAUGAGAAUCUUCGUUCAAACCAAGAACAAGGCGCUCGUCGACAAAUUCACUCUCGACGUCCCCGGCUUCAACCGCUGGUGCAUGGAGAACUUCCUCCAGAGCUGCCCCGGCGCAACCCUCGGCAACGACCAACGCCAGAGUGAGGGAAAGCCCUUUUAUGAAUACUACGUGACACUCCUGCCUCAGACGGAGAUCAAGCAUCGUGUUGAGCUCCCCUGGGCCAACAAGUCUAUCGAUAUCCCUGUUCAGGACAACACGCGCCCAGACUACCCCCGCGACCAGAAGUCGUACGAGACCAAGAACCCCGUCGAUCUCGCCACAUUUGGACCUACAACCCGUGGGCCUCUGGGCUGGAUCGUCGGCGGCCGCUCUGGUGACAAGGCGUCGGAUGCCAACGUGGGCUUCUACGUGCGCCACCAGGACGAGUGGGACUGGCUGCGCAGUGUCCUGACAAUCGAGAAGAUCCAUCACCUGCUCGAGGGGAGCAACAAGGGCAAGAAGAUUGAGCGGUUCGAGAUCCCGGGUAUCCGCGCAGUGCACUUCCUGGUAAGAGACCACCUGGACCGCGGAUACAACUCAACGAGCGAGUACGAUACCCUGGGGAAGAAUAUUUGCGAGUACUUGCGGGCGAAGCAUGUUGAUCUACCCAACAAGUUCCUCCGAAGAGGUCGCAUUUAG